AUGAACGACGAUUCAGUUGAGGUUGUUGAUAUCGGCUUGGCUGAUCUUUCUUGGGCGGAAUUUAUAAAGUCUCGUGCUUUAUACAGUUUAACAAAUUCCAGCACAACAUGUCGUCUUGAGUUUUUGAACCAUUCUUUAUUACCUCGAAUUAAGGCUGAAAAACUAUCAGAUAAAACACUUGGAAGCCUACUUUACCUAAUUUUCCUUACUUAUUCAAGAUAUAAUGAUAGGCCUUCGCGUAUUGCAAUGUUAAAUGUGUUAAAAGAGCUUAAUAAUUGGAACUCUGACCAAUUCUUAAAGUCAUUUGUUCCAUUGGUCAUAAAGGAAACUGAUAGACUGAAUCAAAAGAGUCCUGACGGUACCACUUAUACGACAUCCUCUUCUAAUCGAUUUGUUCUUCUCACGUGGAUCAAUUUAUUGAUCUCAUUUGCUAUAUCAAAAAAAUCUCCGGAGGAUUCACCUUAUUGGAAGAACUUAGUAGACGCUCAGGCAAUACUGCUGCAUUCAUUAAUCAGCGAAAAUGAGAAAAGAAAAAAUAUAAAACGUAGCGCAUUAUUCGACGUUAGGCGAUCCAUUCGCAAGAGUCCAUUUGAUAUUCCCUCAUACAUUUCUUAUUUAAUAUCUAAUGCGAAAACAUGUAACCCUAUUUAUAAGAAUGCUGUUUUACUAGGAACUGUUAUUGAUUGCUCUUUGAGACUCCGAAAGAGUAUCGGUAAAUCUUACGUUGAGAAUGCAAAGGACGAAAUAAUACAAUAUUAUAUCACGGCUAUUGCUUCUUCGAAGACCCCAGUACCAAAGAUUUCCGCGGAUGCAUUACAUGACUUCAUGAACGUUGUAGUCACUGAAGAGGAUUUUCGGAUUAAACUAACACCAGUUUUAGAGAAACAGCUUUUGAGGGCGCCAGAAAUCGUAUUGAAUGUAUUAAUAAGUCUAUUUAAAUCGGUUUCUUUUGAUGUGUCAAAUGUUUUUAAGAACAACUUUCUGCAAUCUUUGCUUAGUCACGUUCGAUCGACUAAUAAGGUAAUACAAAUGGAUGCCGCGGAAUUGUUAAAUAUUUUAUUCGAAAAAAGUUUGAAUGAGGAAGUAGUUAUAGAGGUUGUCAAUUAUAUCCUAAAAACGCUAACAGGAGGAAAGGUGUCUAACCCAGAGCAUCGUAUUAUCUUAUUACAAUCUCUCGCUCAUGUUCAUCAAUCACCUAAUGUUGUCAAAACCGUAAUUGAUGGGCUCUUUCCUAUCGUUUCAAAAGAAAGUAAUGAAACUUCUUUAGCUUUAGCUAAAGCGAUUGAUACUUUAGGAUUACAUGUUGGAUAUUUAAUAAGAUCUGAGCAAGAUAUUUCAUUUGUAGAAAAGAUCAUUAAGGCUAUUGUAGAUGGAUUGUCUAAUACAAAGGCUGGCGCGAGAAAAGCUUGGGCGAUUAUAAUUGGUCGAAUUGUUUGGGAGGAAACAAUAUCCCCUUCCACUUCAUUGAAAAAUGCUACGCAAAAGUUUCUCACCCCACUUAUAUCAACAUUGGAAAAGAUCCAAUUAAAUCCUCUCGUUUUCACGGGAGGUCCAAUUGAGGGAUAUAUUACUAUUGCAAUUGCAAUUGGUAGAUGCAAAAAUUGGGAUGACGAUACAUUAAAUAACUUAAUCGGAGAAAAAAAACUUACGCAAAAUGUUUUAGUAAUUUCACCGAAGCCUUCUUUUUUAUUUUGGGAUAAAGUCUACUCCAAAUUGAGUACUUAUGAAGAGGGAUUUUGGUUUAUUCGUGCUCUUGAAGGAGUUUUACUUGAUAAAAAUGAAGUUAUGUUACAAAAUAACGACACACAAAUAUUUCUAUCUACGGCGUUUAUUUAUAUGAUAACGGCGUUUUCUAAUCAUCGAAUACGUCAUGAAGCAUAUGAUACUUUGAAAAGGUGUAUUCAAGGUAACGUCGAACCCGUAGGAGAAAUUUUUCGUAAAGGAUUGACACAAUGGGUUUUUAAUCUUGAGAAAAACGCUAAAGAUUCUACAGCAAUAUUGGCAUCUGGAUUUGCUCAUUCUGACCAUAUUGUAAAUGCGUACCGACUAUCACAAGUGCUCACGGCUAUCACUACUUUUUCUAAAGAGGAGAAUAAACAUGAAGUUGAAUCCUCACUUGUCGAAUUGAUUGUUCUGGCUCAUCAUCCAUUGAUUGUAUCACCUAAUAAUAAAUACAAUUGGAUUUCGUUAGUUCAAAGAGCUCAACUUGAUCCUGGAAAAUUAGUCGAAAAUUAUUCUGGUCGCCUUCGACAAAUAUCGAAAUAUUUCUAUAAGGCUGCAAUAUCAGCUAUUUCCACUAUUACUUUUAUUUCUCCAGAAACGAUAAUACCGUUAUUUUUGACACAAUGUCACAGAAAUUUGGAUGCCACAUUAUUUGAGAAUAUAGGAGAUAGGGAGAUUGAGAUUUGGAAAACUGAAGAAGGAACUUUAUUCAUUGAUGUUCUCAAACGUAAUAAGAAGACUCUUGUAGAGAAUCGUAAUCGAAAAGAUUAUAAAACAGAGAAAUGGGAACGUGAAUUACGUGAAUCAAUUGCCAAAAAGAAGGGCGAUUCUUCACGAACCAAACUUACAAAGGAGGAACAAUCCGCAGUAGACGCACAAUUAGCAAAAGAAUCCGAAAUACGUAAAAAUGUGGAACAAGUUCGCUUAACGUUAUUAAGAGGUUUAGAUAUCGUGGAUGCAUUAGUUGAAGGCAAUUCUGAAGCUAUAGAAAAACAUAUUGUGGAGUUUAUGAGGCUUUUAAAUAUUGUCGUGCAAAAAAGUGGUCCUUUGGUUGGUGAUAAAGCUGUCAACACGUAUUUGCGAAUUAAUAAGUGUACAUCAGAAAAAAUUGAAAGUAUUCGUGAUUUUAUCGGUUUAGCGACUCUUCGUGCCAUGGAUGUUCAAGAAAUUCCUGAUAGAUGGUUACAAGAACCAUUGGGUCAACUUGUUACGCGUGUUCUUUAUCGUCUGAGGUUUAUAAGUGAGCGUUCAUUAUUACCCCCUUCAUCGUUCGCAUAUUGCUUUCCAUUAAUUCAUCAAGUCAUUAAAAAAGGUGGUAUUGGGUAUGAAAGCACAGAAGAAAGGGAUGUUGAAUUAUUAAUGGAACAAAUUGCGCUUGGGUUAGAUGUUAUAUCUUUCCAUUCAGCAAUAGGGUCUUCACCUUUAUUGCCUCGAACAGAAAUGAUUAAGGUUCUACUACAAAUUAUUAAAGAGCAUCCUAAAUUGAAUAAAGUAGCAAGGACAGCUUUAGUAAAUUUAUGUGAAGCCAUCGGAGAAACUGCGGAAAGGAAGGAAAUAGAUACAUUACUUAAUGGACUAUUAUCAUCAGAAUCAUUUGUUCGUUAUGCCUGUUUACAAGCAUUAAAUUAUUUGGAUCUUACUGAAAUUGAUUUUGCUUGCGAAUUAUGGGUUUCGUGUUAUGAUGAGGAUGAAAAUAAUUCCAAAUUGGCAUUAAUUUUAUGGGAAGAUAAUGGAAUGGAUGUUGACCCAAAUUAUGCAUCGGAACUAUUGCCUUUAUUGAUUCAAGAUGAAAAGUAUGUUCAAAUAACCGCUUCUAAGGCAAUAGGUAAAGCUGCGACAUAUUUCCAAAAUUCAAUUGCAGACACACUAAAUUUAAUUUACAAUCUUUACAAAGAAAAGGCCAUUCCAAUAGAACCAGAAUAUGAUGAAUUUGCUAUGGUUAAACCAGAAUCUUUAAAUAAAAAAGAUCCUUGGGAAGCUCGUGUCGGAUUGGCACUUGCUCUUGGUGCUCUUGCACCAAAUAUGAAAUCAUCAGACUUAAUUCAGUUAUUUGAAUUCCUCAUCAAUAGUGAAGCCGUUGGUGAUGUUAAUGCACAAGUUCGACAAAGAAUGUUAGAGGCUGGAUUAGCCGUUAUUGAUGCACAUGGAGCUAAAAAUGUUACGUUGUUAAUGCCAGUGUUAGAAAAUUAUUUAGACAAACCUGAUUCUCCUACCGAAACACAUGAUCGCAUACGCGAAUCUGUUGUUAUCUGGUUUGGAGCUUUAGCUCGACAUUUAAAUCCUACUGAUACUAGGAUUCCAGUUGUAAUAUCUAAACUUCUUGAGACAUUAAAAACUCCUUCUGAAGCUGUUCAAACUGCAGUCGGUGAAUGUUUACCGCCACUUAUUAAAUCAAUGAAAGAUAAUGCACCAAACUUAAUCAAGGGACUACUGGAUCAGCUAUUCCAUUCUGAAAAAUAUGCAGAACGAAGAGGCGCUGCGUUUGGUUUAGCUGGUGUUGUUAAAGGCACGGGUAUUUCGGCUUUAAAAGAUUGUAAUGUUAUGACAUCAUUAAAAGAGGGAGUUGAUAACAAAAAAGACUAUAAAUGUCGACAAGGAGCUCUUUUUGCUUUCGAAACAUUAUCACAAGCUUUGGGACGCCUUUUUGAGCCUUAUAUUAUUCAGAUACUUCCUUUGCUAUUAGUUUGUUUUGGUGAUUCACAUCCUGAAGUUCGAGAAGCAACUUCGGAUGCUGCAAGAGUAAUCAUGAGCAAGAUUAGUGGACAUUGUGUUAAACUUAUUCUUCCUUCAUUAUUAGCAGGACUUGAUGAUCGUCAAUGGCGAACCAAGAAAGGUUCGGUUGAAUUAUUGGGUGCGAUGGCUUUCUGUGCUCCCAAACAACUUUCUAUCUCUCUUCCUGCAAUUGUUCCGCGGCUGACGAAUGUACUUACAGAUUCACAUACAAGUGUCCAAUCUGCUGCUAAUGAAUCAUUGUUACAUUUCGGAGAAGUUAUUAAUAACCCUGAAAUUCAAGCUUUGGUACCAACCUUACUUAAAGGUCUUAGUGACCCCGAUAAGCAUACUAAUGCCGCUUUAGAUUCGUUGUUAGAAACUGCUUUUGUACAUUAUAUUGAUGCACCAUCACUAGCAUUGGUGAUGCCAAUUCUUGAGCGUGGAUUAAGGGAGCGAGGAACAGAGAUCAAAAAAAAGUCUUCACAGAUCGUUGGUAAUAUGGCAUCUCUUACGGAUGUAAGAGACCUUGUCCCGUAUUUACCUAGACUAUUGCCUGGUCUCAAAGAAGUACUAGUUGAUCCUGUACCAGAUGCUCGUGCUACAUCCGCAAAAGCACUUGGUACUAUGGUUGAAAAACUUGGUGAAGACAAAUUUCCUAAUCUUGUCAAUGAACUUGUACACACUCUUAAAUCCGAUACAAGUGGUGUAGAUCGACAGGGUGCUGCUCAAGGACUUAGUGAAGUAUUGGCAGGAUUAGGACUUGAAAGACUUGAUGGACUUUUACCGGAAAUCGUUAAUAAUUCAAAUAGUUCAAAAUCUUAUGUUCGAGAAGGAUUUAUCUCGUUGCUUAUAUAUCUUCCCGCUACAUUUGGUCUUCGAUUUCAACCUUACCUUGGUCGAAUUAUUCCACCAAUUUUGUCUGGUCUGGCUGAUGAAUCUGAAUACGUGCGUGAUGCUUCACUUAGAGCAGGUCAAAUGAUUGUGGCAAAUUAUGCAACGAAAGCUGUGGAUCUUUUACUUCCUGAGUUAGAGAUAGGAUUAUUUGAUGAUAAUUGGAGAAUUAGGCAAAGCUCUGUCCAACUUAUGGGAGAUCUACUGUAUAGAAUUACAGGAAUCAGUGGUAAAACUGAAGUUGAUGAUGAUGAGGAGGAGAUGGGUGGUACUGAAGCCAGUAGAAAGGCCUUACUUCAAGUGCUUGGUAAGGAAAGGCGUGAUCGUGUUUUGGCUGCUCUUUAUAUUGUAAGACAAGAUGUUUCCGGUAUUGUUCGGCAGGCAUCAAUUCAUGUAUGGAAAGUCAUUGUUUCAAACACUCCUCGUACCAUUAAAGACAUACUUCCAAUUAUGAUGGGGAUGAUUAUUCGUAGUCUAGCAAGCCCUAGUUACGAACGACGUCAAGUAGCUGGUCGAACGCUUGGAGAACUUGUUCGCAAAUUAGGUGAAAGUGUUUUAUCUGAAAUCGUGCCAAUACUUAAAGAGGGCCUAGAAUCUCAAGAAUCAGACAUGAGACAGGGUGUUUGUAUUGGUUUAAGUGAAGUAAUGAGUACGGCAGGGAAAGUUCAAGUCAUUGAUUAUGUUGACUCGAUUAUUCCUGCUGUUAGAAAAGCUUUGGUUGACGAAUCAAGUGAUGUUCGCGAGGCUGCUGCUCAAGCUUUUGAUACUCUUCAGCAACAUGUAGGAGAUAAGGCAAUAGACGAAAUCCUUCCAACGCUUCUUAAUUCUCUACAAUCUGGAGAUGAUUCUGUAUACGCUCUAGAGGCUCUGAAAGAAAUCAUGGCUGUACGUGCUAAUUUAGUCUUCCCAGUUCUUAUACCUACUCUUAUACAAACACCAAUUACUUCGUUUAAUGCUCGAGCUCUUGCGUCAUUGGUAACGGUAGCCGGUCCUGCUCUUAAUAAACGUUUAACACAAAUAUUAAGCGCUCUUAUUGUAUCUUUGGGUACGGAAACUGAUGAACAUGUCAUAUUAGAGUUGCAAGAAACAGAAAAGGCAUUGAUACUUUCUAUUGAUAAUGCCGAAGGUCUUCAGACUUUAAUGACAAUGCUUUUUGAGGCAGUAAAAAGUGAUGAUCCUUCUCACCGAGCUGGCGCUUGUGAUAUUGUUACAAUCUUUUGUAAUGAAAGUAAAAUUGACUAUUCGAGAUAUGUAACUGAAUGGAUACGUGUACUAAUUUUACUUCUGGAUGAUCGACAACAAAAUGUAGUAAAGGCAGCAUGGAACGCUUUAACAGCUGUAAUCAAACCUUUAAAGAAAGAUGAAUUAGAGCAAAUGGUAAUUCCUACUCGUCGCUCGGUAAAAAGUGUUGGAGUACCUGAUGUGGACCUACCAGGGUUUUGUUUACCAAAGGGUAUUAGUCCUAUACUUCCGAUAUUUUUACAAGGUUUAAUGUAUGGUACUGUCGAAAUUCGCGAGCAAUCCGCUUUGGGUAUUGGAGAUCUUAUUCAGAGAACUUCGGCUGAAGCACUUCGGUCGUUUGUUACUCAAAUCACCGGACCUCUUAUUCGUAUAAUCGGUGACCGUUAUCCUCCCCAAGUGAAAGCCGCUAUACUUCACACACUAAGCCUUUUACUUAAUAAAGUUCCUGCUCAUCUUAAACCAUUCAUUCCUCAAUUACAACGUACUUUUAUUAAAUCUCUCUCUGACCCUUCAAGUGCUCUUGUCCGUUCAAGAGCGGCAUCAGCUCUUGGUAUUCUAAUUUCAUUGCAAACUAGGGUCGACCCCCUAAUUACUGAGUUGAUUACUGGGAUAAAAACUACUAGUGAACCUAAUGUUAAAGAGACAAUGUUAAGUGCUCUAGAGAGUGUAAUAAAUAAAGCUGGAGCUGGAAUGAACGAUUCUUCAAAGAAAAAUGUAAUUGGAGUUAUUGUGGAUGGUUUGAGUGAUGGUUCUGAUAAGAUGGUAAUUGGAGCAUCUCGUCUAUUUGGAAGUUUAUGCAAGCAUAUUGCUCCUCAAGAAGCUAUACCUAUCAUCUCAACUCACGUCUUAGGUUCUCCAUCACAAAGUUCAUUAAUGGCGAUAAAUGCGAUUCUAGCAGAAUCUUCAAGAAUGUUCUUUGAUAUGGGUAAUACACGAGAAAUUGUGGAAAUUAUCUCGAAAGGUUCUACUAGCAAUUUGCCUAAUAUUGCUGAUACAGCAAUAAUGGCGGCUGGUAAGAUGUUGCUUAUUGAUAUAUAUCACGAAGAAUCUGCUUGUCUUAUCGAAGCAUUAGCAACCAAUAUUCGUGAACCUGCUACUCUUUUGGGGGAGACAAAACGUUUGUCGUUAUCUGUCUUCCGAACGGUUGGAAAGAAGUACCCACAGAUUCUUAAGCCUCAUCUUUCAACAAUCAUACCACCUAUGAUGGCAUGUGCUCGUGAUCGAAUUUCGCCAGUAAAACUGGCAGCCGAACUUGCAUUAGUAUACGUAUUGCAACUCUUAGAAAGCGAGACAAUUCUAAAACAAUAUUUAUCAACAGUUGAUGAAACAACGGCGAAGUCUAUUACAGACUUCCAUAAACGCGUUCUAACAAAAAUAGUGAUGCAAGAACAACAGAAAAUUCAAGUCGAAAUAACAGAUGAUAUGGAUGAAGAAGAACAAGAAAUAUGGGCAGUUGGUAAUAUUGGUACUUUUGCUUCAAAUGUAACUCAAGAGUAG